AUGCAGGAUUUCGUGUUCCAUCAAAAAUUACCAAGUUCCCCGACGGCCGGAUGGAAUAUUUACGCGGAUUUAGUACCCUUGAAAACAAAGGAUAUCAAAUGCCGUCUUAUCAACAAACGCGGUAGCCGUUUCAUCUAUCGCAAUGUUGCAGACGAGAGUGAUGGAUCAAUGCGUAUACGCUUCGAUGAAGCAAACUAUCAACCACAGUCAGGAUACAUGCCCUCUGGAUAUGCCGGGGUGCAAAUAAAGACUGAGCCAAUAGACCUUGGUGCUGAAGGAUCGAUUAAAGAAGAAGACAUAAAAAGCGAGGAUGAAAUACCUUCAACCAACCGGUAUGAUAAACAACUUAAAAGUACUUUCUUUCUUACCCCUGCGAAUCCUUUCUCAGGUGGAUCCUAUAGCGACGAUGAUAUCAAAGAGGAAAUCAAAAGUGAAGUUGGUGACUCAGAGAGUGAAACUGAAACUCCAACCGAACUGAUUGAUCCCUAUACACGUGAGUUGUACAAGUGUUAUGAAACUUUGUCCAGUGGCAAAGCUGUCUGUUCUAAUCUGGAUUCUCAAGUCGUCCACGAAUUCAGUAUGACACAAAUUGACACCGCGCAGGAUAUCAAGUGA